GUAUUUAUUCGUUUUUUUAAAGAAGAUGUCGUACACAAAAAUAUACUUGCUACAUUGCAAAUGCUUGUCAAGUCAUACCGGUCACUACUAAGAUAUUGCUUACACGAACGUUCCAUCAGAGAUACUGGCUGGAUAUCGGCAACUUGAAAUUCUUAUCACUGUGGUGCAAAAACAGGGAGAGAAAGAGUGAGAAGAAAAGAACACACCCACAGUCACGUUGUUAUAUUUUCGGUUUAUUUUGGUUCGAAAAACAGUUGCGCGAUCCACCCGUCCGCCCGCGGUCGUGACUGAUUAAUUCCAGCCUAUCGAGAACCCGUGGUCGACUCUGAUGUCACCAGCCGGAGUUGGUUCUCGCGCUCAACCGUACUUUGCCGUAGUGUGUCCCCAGCCUCAGUGCAUUGUCUACGCAGAGGACGACAAGUAGAUACCCCCAAACGUUGUGUCUUGUGACCUACCACCAAAAAAAGCGAUUCUAAGUGUUUCGUGUCCGAGCGACUAUACUGCCGGGAUUCGAACCGAUUUCGAGCGCGUACCUAUUGCAGACAUCGAACUGGCAGACAGGAUGGAGCAAUAUGCAUCGAAAAAGUAUCCGAUAGCGGCGAAAAGCCGCAAAUCAAAGCUUAAUUUCCUUGCCGGAGUUCAAAGUCACUACGAGAAGAAGCAAAAAGAUUCGUCCGGAACCAAGGAACCGAAACUGAACCUGUCUGUACCGGGCACUCCCGUUUGUUCGCGUUAUUUGCGCCGACUUUCGCAAGGGUUGGCGAGUGAUCACGAUGACCAGAAACCGUCCAACAAUGGUCCCAUGGAAAAUGAGCUCAUCAUCAGCAGCCUUGUGCUGGAUAAAUUUCUCAAGGAUAUGCAAACACUGUCGGUAGACGGCGCGGACAGCGCACCGUCCCAGGAGGGGGCAAAGCAAGGGGCAAUCCAUGACACGACCGAAGAGUUCUUUAGCAAGUCCGAAGAACGGAAAGCCUAUCAUCGGACGUUCUCCGAGGCUGUCGGGGUCGUUGGAGCGUCCCCAGUGAUUGAGAAGAAUCCGGUGGUGAAGAAAUACUUCGAAGAGUCCGCUAGUCAACGGACCUUUCGGAGGGACUUUUCCGAAGCGUACGGUGAACUGAUCGAACCGGAACCUAUCGUUGCCUCGGAAAAGAGCUCAAAAAAGAAGAAAACCAAGAAAGCCAGCUCCAAGUCAGCCAAGUCCGGUGAAAAUCGUCCACCGAAGCUGAUCAGCGAUUCUUCGGACGAUGAGCGAUCGGAAGAGGAUAGAAGCGAGUUCCUGCAGGAGCUGGAGCAGUUGAAGCAGUCCAAGCAACGGCUGGAGGAAAAGCUACACGCCUACCAGGCCAAGACGGUCCCGGACGCCCCGGUUGCAGCGGAGGCGAAAAGCCCCCAACAGUUCUUCGAAGAGUCGGAACAGGCACGAACCUAUCAGCGAACGUUUUCGCAAGCCGUACAAACGUUCCCCGGCGGAGCGCGAGAGCCACGUGAUCCGGCAGUGGUGCAGUACUUCAACGAGUCUGCCUCGCGUCAAACCUUCCGGCGCGAAUUUUCCGAGGUGUACAACGAGUAUGAACCGCCGGCGCCAGUGGAGCAUCCCAACUUUAAGCCGACCGUGCCGGGAACACCCAUUAGCUCCCGGCAUUUGCAUAAAUUAAAAAAGGGUGCCGAGCCGGCCACGGGUAGUGCGGAACAGCAGCCAUCACUGCCCCCGGCCAGUGGCCAUUCGGCGUCCCUGGCGGAGCAGCUGGAAGCGUUCAACAAAGAGCUCGAUAACCUGCGGCAGAACAAACCGUCCGUUACGGCGACGACCACGACGACAGCCUCCUCCACCGUGGACAGCUUCUGCGUGGACAGCUAUCUGGACAGCUCGAGCGAGAAGAAAACGUACGCCCGUUCGUUCUCCGAGGCUGCCCGGCCGUUUGUCCAAUCGGACGUGAAAAGCCCCACGGUACGGACGUUUUUUGAAGACUCUUCCCGCAAGGGCACACUGCGGCGAGAUUUUUCCGAGGCGUACCAGGAAGUCGAGGUGGUGGCACCAGCCUCACCACCGCCCAAGGCGAGGACGGCACCACCGGCAGCUGAUGUAACGGCGACAACAAAGCCAACCGAUGCAUCAUAUGACCUGGAUCAAGAUAACAGACCCAUUUUAUGCCCCGCCGGCGAUGAUAACCCAUCCAACGAGCGGCACCCGCCCGUAGGCGCCAGGGGUGGACCCAUCACCAUCCCCGGCACACCCAUUAGCUCGCGUAAGCUGGCAGCCUUCCGGCGCAGCACCAGCGUGGAGCCUGCCGGCAGCCAGGCGGCCGAAGCAGCAGUAGCAAAGACACCCGAGGCAACCCUGGGAGGAGGAGGCGGCAUUCCGGCAUUGGCUCGUGUGCCACUGACGCCGCAGCUUGAUGUUUCAGUGGCACCCAGUCUGGCGGCCACCGGGAUGACAACGAGCCGACGGGACGACGGGCCAACCGACACGCUGCCGUAGGGGAUGCGGGUGAGGAGGAGCAGGAGCCGCACCAGCGGGACGACGGGCGACGUCGCAUCGAACCGGAAGGCGGAAGGGAAGCGGGUGUAGCUGCGUCGCAGGUUGUCGAGCUUGACCGAGAGUUCUGGAAGAGAUUCGGCGCUCAGAAGGAUUAAUGGAUGAAGA